CAGGCGUUGGGGGGUGGCUCCGUGCAAUUGCAGACUGGAGCGCUCAUGGAAGCGGUUAGGUGCUCCGAGCACGGGAUCGUGUGCUUUCUCAAGACCGGCGUCCGCGAUGGCCCGAAUAAAGGAAAGAGCUUCUACGUGUGCCCGGCUAACACCUGCAGCUUCGUGCUGGCAGCCGAUAUUCCUGUCUCUCAUUGUUUAUUGCAUGAGGACUGUGUGGUAGGGCUUCAGGGUUUGCUUCUACCGCCAGGCAAGGAAGAAUAUAGAUUGUUCUUCCAGUGCAUUAGAAGUAAGGCAGCGGGGAAGCAAUGGUGCGGAAGUAUCCCAUGGCAGGAGCCUCGUUCCAAAGAGCAUUCUGUAACGAACAAGUCUCAGCAUGCCUGUGAGCCUCUUCAUUAUCUUUCCACCCAGCAGAGAAACCCAUUCAAGGUCCUGGACAAGAAUCAAGAACCGUCUCUCUGGAAACAGUUCACCAAAGGCGAAGCUGGGGAUAAGAUGAAUGAUAAGAAGCAAAAGGAAAAGGCAGAUGUGCUCUUGGAUCAAAAGAAGGAAUGGAAGCCUGAAUCCAACUGCUGGACAAAGCAAGAUCUCUCAUCUGGCCUGGAGAUAAAGAAAAAACAACCUGCACCUCAAGAGCAGCUGCAAGGGGAGAAGACAGAGUUUCAGCGUGCAGCAAGGGAGAAUGAAGGGAUGCACAUGAGAAACCUUUCUGAGGUUAAAUCCAAGCAGUGCCAUGGUGAGGAGCUGAGGAAACCAUCUGGGUCUCUUCAGGAGAAAUCACACGUUGAGAGUCAUCCUGUCCAAAAAAAAUCAGGGCCUCUGAGGGAAAAGGAAACCAAGCCUUUGCCUGGAAUUAUUCACAGUCGGAACCCAAUAAGCAAGCCCCAGAAAGGGGAACACGUCAGCAAAGAGCACCCCAAGAGCCAGGAGGCUAGAGAAACAAAGGCAAGGGAUGAGCCAGGCUCGCAGACCACCCGACAGUCAGAGCCUGGGGAUGGGCCUGCGCCACCGGCCACAGGGCGCUUCCUGGGACAGAGGCCGGAAGCGGCCUCCAGCCGUGGCGACCGUUACGAGAAUAAUGCCGUUUUCACUUCCUCUGAGCCUCCCUUGCUCUUUGACUCGACUCCGGACUCACACAAGGAGGAGAACCUCCCGUUCCCUGGUCAGAGUGUGCAGAGAAAACCAUCUCCUGCCUCGGGUGUUUCCAGGAAGGUGGAGCCUUCAGACCCAGCAGCCCAACGUGUGUACCUCACAACACAACUGAAGCAAAAGAAGGUAACUACUGACCUACCAUGUGCUUUGUUUUUAAGGUCAGAGCAUUGCUUGCUGGGGUCCACGAGCAAGUCAGACAUGUCAACGUGA